GCAUAUUAUAUCUAAUAUAAAAGAGAAAAACAGAAAUAAAAUAGAACAGUAUUAAAAAAUUUUGAAUAACUGCACAGCUGCAUAAUUAUAUCGAAUAUCGAUAAACCUCUCUAACUCAACCUCUCUCCUCUUUUCUGUUAUUAUUGCUGGCGGUUGAUGGUAUUCUCGCCUGCACUGCACGAGAAUUCGAGAGCUGUCAAAGUGUCUUUUUUUUCGGAUCGUUAAGAGGGAUAUCUCAAAUUCUCAGGCUGCACAAAAAACGAGUGAGAAAGGAGGAGGGAAUUUGGCGCUCAAUCACGUCGUAAUUAUACGCGCGCGAGAUGUGUCAGUGGCACGCGACACGCGCGAUCGAGCGGGAUCCGUUGCGACGGGAAUUAGGUUAUGCUCCGAGCAUCGGCGAUUAAAAGCGACGGACGUCAUCGCUGCAGGGUUAGCGCGUUAUCCCCUGGCGUUCCCCUGGCGUGUACGAGCCAAUGGCUCGGCCCUCCGUCUCGGCGCAAUGCGACCUGGUCGCGUCACACAUGGACGGGGUCCACGUGAAAAUCGCGGAGGCCUACAAACCGCCGAGGAAGAUCGGCCUACCCGCGGCGUACAACAACCGAUUGCCGGACGUGUCGAAGUUGAUGUACGACUUCAGCCUGGAGAAAUCGGUGCUCGAAAAGAUGUGCGAGUGGCGCAAGGCUAGACAGGCCUACAGCAAGGCGCGUCAGGCUCGGCUGAGGGAGAAGAGGAAGAAGGAGAAAGAGGAGGCACCUCCGUCGCCACCGCCGCCGCUCGCGGAUUGCGUGAAGCAGGUACCUGUCAACGCGCCACCCGCUCCGGAAACAAUACUCACGCCCCAGCCGCUGUCAUCGCCUCCGGCGAACGACCUUCAGGAUCAUGUGAAGACCAACGGGGACCUGGACUUCGCCGACUUCGACAACGACACGAGCAGCCCCUUCGACAAUAUGGAAUUGAAGACCAUCAACGACAUGGAGGAAUUAGCGCAGGUUUUACAGCCUAGGUCGCAAUGGAUGCCCGCGGGAAAACUGGAGAAUAUCAUAAGUGAACUAACGAUCGACGAGACGUCCGAGAUUUGCAAGGAGGAGGAAACCGAUACGGAGAGUCCGGUGGACGACGAGGCCGACGCGGACGCGCUCAGCGUCGAGAAUCACCGUAGCGUCUCGACGAUAAUGCAGGAACUUCAGAAGGAAUUGGAACGGCCUGUUAUGGAGAACUGGAAGCCGUGGCCCGAUCUGGAGAGUCCGGACAGCGACGCCGCGCAUGCGACCCCGCGGCACGACGACUCGAAUCACGCGAAACCGCCGGCGGACUUGUUGUCGGGCAUGACGGAGGACGAUCUGAAGCUGGUCAUGCAACUGGGCGACAUGGGAUUCCCCAAGAGCAGAGCGGCACGCGCGGUACUGGAGCUGGGACGUGCGAACGAGAAGAAGAUCGUGGAAUACCUACUGGCCGUCCAGUCCCUGGAGGAGACCGGCGUCCCGAGCGACUACGCCGAGACGGCGCUGACGCUCGCGCAGCACGAUCAGUCCAAGGCGAAGGUCUACUACGAGAAUCUGUGCACGCUGAAGGAUCUAGGAUUUCCCGAGGACAAAGCUUCCGCGGCGUUAGUCAAGUGUAACUUCGACCGCGACAAGGCGUUGGAUCUUCUGAUCGCUUGAGUGGACGAUCGAGUCGCCGUCGCCACGAGGAGAGAGACCUUAAUAUUUUUCUUUCGCAACGCAAUUAUUAAUGUGAAAAAAAAACAUAGCAAAACGGAGAAUCCUGGGACUUUUAUAUAUCGCAUGGAAGGUACAUCGAGACACGAUCACAAACGUAUAUUUUAAUAUAAAAAAAAAAGAUACCGUUAUCAGUGAGACUAGUCUUGAAUAACGAUACCUCAAGGAAGUGAAUAUGUGGAAUAUGAUGUAAUAAUUUAACACUCCGCUAAUCCGUCGAUUAUGUCAUGGAAUUUGAAUUCCUGCUGGGCAUUACUGAAACUAUUGGUAGCCGCAAUACUGCGAAAUAAAUUAUUAUAAACAA